AUGUCUCAAUAUCCUGAUAUCUCUCUUAUAGAAGAAAUUAAAAAGUUUUUAGCUGAUGAAAUGAUGGAUGACACUGAUGAUCAAAUUAUGAAGACGUUGGAGCAAUGGCAAACGCAACAUAUAUCUUCAAGUCGUAACAUCCAUCCACACAGUCGAAGAUAUUACAAUCGAGAGCGUGGUGUCGGACAUGUUCAACUUUUUAAUGACUAUUUCACUGACGAGCCAGUGUAUCCUUCACAUAUAUUCUGCCGACGAUUUCGAAUGAGAAGGGAAUUAUUCCUUCAAAUUGUGGAGUCGAUGACAAAUCAUUCAGAGUUUUUUCAAAUGAGGGUCGAUGCAACCGGCAAAAGACUUUCUCCACUUCAAAAAACUACAGCAGCUAUCCAACAGUUAGCAUAUGGAGCACCUGCUGACCAAUUGGACAAGUACAUAAGGAUGGGUGAAUCCACUGCAAUCGAAUGUUUGUCACAAUUUUGUCGGUGCGUGAUCGAUAUUUAUGGGGCACAAUACUUGAGAAGGCCUAAUACUAAUGACGUUGAACGUUUACUUCAAUUGCCUUCUCAGCGCCAUGGUUUCCUCGGAAUGCUAGGUAGCAUUAACUGCAUGCAUUGGCAAUGGAAGAAUUGCCCCGUGGCAUGGAAAGGUCAAUUUACUCGAGGUGAUCAAGGAUCUCCCACAAUAAUGCUAGAAGCAGUUGUAUCAGCAGAUUUGUGGAUAUGGCAUGCAUUUUUUGGCGUCGCGGGGUCUAACAAUGACAUUAAUGUACUCAAUCAAUCUCCACUAUUUAACGACGUGUCACAUGGAUAUGCUCCUGAUAUUCAAUUUAUGGUAAACGACACACAGUAUAACAAAGGGUAUUGUCUAGCAGAUGACAUAUAUCCAGAAUGGGCAACAUUUGUUAAAAGUUUUACAUCUCCUAAAGAUCCAAAGAGGAUCAAAUUUAAGCAAAUGCAGGAGGCUGCAAAAAAGGACGUCGAGCAAGCUUUUGGAGUGCUUCAAUUUCGUUGGGCAAUUGUACGUGGCCCAGCUCGGUUUUGGCAUAUAGCUAAAUUGAAAGAUAUAAUGUACACAUGCAUCAUAUUGCAUAAUAUGAUUGUCGAGGAUGAGAGAGAUGUAAUAAGAAACUGGGAUGAUGAUGAUGAAGAACCAACGAUCCCUGUGACUCAAGGUUUAGUCGAAAAUUUUCACCAUUAUCUUCAAAGGAAUGCGAAACUACGUGACUGGGAAGUACAUCAUCAACUUCGGUCAGAUUUGGUCAAACAUAUUUGGGAACGAUUCGGAGGCAAUAAUAAUGAAAAUUAG